CUUAGGAGCAGAGGAGAAGGCAGAAUGUGUGCCAGGGCAGCCUGGGCGGCUGUGCCAGCCUUUGCCGCCUAAAGCAGUGCGGCCCAGCUCGAUGUGUGUGCCUGCAGCAGUGAGAGAGCCAGAGCUGUGGCAUGCUCAGGAGAGCGGGACCGUCCCUGCGCCACGUCUUGCUGGAGAGGAACAUCAGUGCUGGACACAGCUCGUGCUCCAGGGAGGCAAAAAUGUCAAGGCCAGUGCAAGCUCGGAGGCUGGAGGGAAUAGAUAAAAAUAUCUGGGUGGAGUUUGUGAAACUGGCUACCACCUACUCCAAGGUGAACCUGGGCCAAGGCUUCCCUGACUUCCCUGCACCAGAAUUUCUGAGAGAGGCACUGAUGAGAGCCCUCAGCGGGGGGAACCACAUGCUGCACCAGUACACCCGUGCCUUUGGCCACCCACCUCUGGUGAAGGUCCUGGCCCAGUUUUUCGAGAAGCUGCUUGGACGAGAGCUGGAUCCUAUGACCAAUGUGAUGGUGACUGUGGGGGCAUACCAGGCCCUGUUCUGCUCCUUCCAGGCUUUAGUGGAUGAAGGUGAUGAGGUGAUAAUCAUUGAACCAUUCUUUGACUGCUAUGAGCCAAUGGUGAAAAUGGCUGGUGGGACACCUGUGUUUGUGCCUCUGAGACCGAAUCCUCCAAAAGAUGGAAAAUUGAUGUCUAGUGCAGACUGGCAGCUGGACCCAGCUGAACUGGCUUCUAAAUUCAGUGAACGGACGAAAGCCAUCGUCCUGAACUCGCCCAACAACCCUCUGGGCAAGGUGUUCAGCCGCGGGGAGCUGGAGCUGAUUGCAGAGCUGUGUGUGAAGCACGACGUGCUGUGCAUCAGCGACGAGGUGUACGAGUGGCUGGUCUACGACGGGAAGCAGCACAUCCGCAUCGCCAGCCUGCAGGGGAUGUGGGAGCGCACGGUGAUCAUCGGCAGUGCUGGGAAGACCUUCAGUGCCACAGGAUGGAAGGUGGGCUGGGCUGUGGGCCCUGACAGGCUGCUGCAGCACCUCCGUACUGUGCACCAGAACUCCGUGUACCACUGUGCCACCAUUGCCCAGGAGGCCGUGGCUCAGGGUUUCCAGAGGGAGCUCACACUCUAUGGAAAACCAGAGAGCUACUUUGUCCAGCUGCCCAAGGAGCUGCAGCAGAAGAGAGACUGGCUGGUUCAGAGCCUGGAUGGGGUGGGGAUGAAACCCAUCAUCCCAGAGGGCACCUACUACCUGGUGGCAGACAUCUCCCCGUUCAAAUCUGAUGUCCCCGAUGUCCCCAACUCAGAUGAGCCCUACGACUCCAGAUUUGCAAAGUGGAUGGUCAAGAACAAGGGCCUUGCUGCCAUCCCGCUCUCCGCUUUCUACAGCGAGGCCCACAAGAACAACUACACCAAUUUCAUCCGGUUCUGCUUUGCAAAGGAGGAAACUACACUGAAGGCAGCAAGUGACAUAUUGCAAAAAUGGAAACAGGAGAAAACCAGCUCCUGAAUACACUGAGAGAGCCAGGCUCUCCUUGGUCCUCAUCUGCCCCUACUGCUGUUCUUCUUCACUUGUCUACAAACUUUGGUAUAUUCUUACUUCAGUGCUUUCAACAACAUUUUCUGACAGACAAA